AUGUGCUGGUCGGGAGAAGGCCGUGGCACCGGCGAAGUUACGGAACACUCGCCCGUGCGCACGGGGCGCACGGUGCACACUGUGCGCAUGGUGCGCACGGUGCGCAUGAUGCACAUCGUGCACAUAGUGAGCACGGUGCGCACGGUGCGCAUGAUGCACAUGAUGCACAUGAUGCACAUAUUGCACACGGUGCGCAUGGUGCGCAUUGUGCGCAUGGUGCGCACGAUGCACACGGUGCGCACGGUGCGCUCGGAAGUGCCGAGCCACCUGGCCUGGAGCCAGCCGUGCGCGGCGCCCAGACAGCAUCUGCUGUUGGACCAGUCUUUGAGCGCUGCGCCGAGACGCCCUCCCACCACGUGCGCCGAGACGCCCUCCCACCACGUGCGUCUCAUGUCGUCUCUGUUCGCUUCGCACCACGGGCUGCACUCGAGCCGCGACGGGCAGUCGGCGGCCGCGCGCGCCGGCGAGCUGACGGUCGACCACUGCGGCGAUGAGGCGUCACACAUGGACCGGCCGCGACCCGCAGAUGGACACCGGGCCAUGCCCAUGCCCGCGGCGGCCCCCGACGAGGAGGACUCCUGCCCGGUGAUCUGCGACCGGGACAUGCGCAGCCUGCACCGCAACGUGCCGGCUCUGCGCAGACACGACGUGGACACCUCCACCAUCCGCCAGCACUACUACCCCGAGGGCGGCUGGGGGUGGAUCGUGUGCGGCGCCGGCUUCGUGGUGCACCUGCUCACCACCGGCAUGCAGCUGUCCUUCGGCCUGCUCUACCUCUACGCCACGCUCCACCUGGGCGAGCACGCGCUCAUGGACACGGCGUGGCUGGGCGCGCUGUGCCUCGCCGUGUCGCUGCUGACGGCGCCGCUGGUGGUGGCGCUGUGUCGCCGCAAGUCCACGCGCCUCACGGCCGUGCUGGGUGGGCUGGUCAUGGCGCUCGCCUGCCUCUUCACGUCCUUCGCCGUGCAGAUGCACCAGGUCAUCGUCAGCUACGGCAUCGUGAUGGGGGUGGGCACGGGGCUGGUGAGAGAGACGUCCAGCCUCAUGCUCGGCAACUACUUCAAGCGGCGGCGAGAGUUCGUGGAGAUGGUGGUGCAGGCGGGCGCCGGCAUCGGCAUAGCGCUCUUCUCCGUCUUUUACAAGGAGGCCGUCGGCAAGCUGGGCUGGCGGCUCGGGCUGCAGGCGGUCACCGGCCUGCUGUCGCUGGCCUUCUUCGCCGGCGCGCUGUACCGCAGCGCCUCGCUGUACCACCCGCAGCGUCGCGCCAUCCUGCACCUCAAGAACCAGCGCAAAAAGGUGAAGGAGAAGAAGGGUCGCCGGCCCGAGAAGCCACCACUGCUCGACUUCUCUCCACUGCGCGUGCGAGCCGUGCAGAUGCUGCUGCUGUCGUCGGCCACGGCGGCGCUGGGGCUGUACACGCCCCUCUUCUACCUGGCGCUGCAGGGCUUCAAGGAGGGCUUAGAGGACAGCGCGCUGGUGCUCAUGCAGACGUUCCUGGGGUUCGCGACGACGCUGGGCUGCGUUGGCUUCGGCGUCGUGGUGGUGCGCCCCAGCGAGCAGUGCAUCAUCUCCCGGCAGUACCUCUGCCAGGCUGCUAUGGUCGGGGUUGGCGUGUCGCUGCUAGCCCUCAGCACGGUGCAGGGCUACCACGGCUACGUGCUGUUCGUGUGGCUGUAUGGCGUGUGCCUGGGCGGCUUCCUCUACUCGCUCAAGAUGUUCACCAUGGAGCGCGUGCGCGCCAGACACUUCACACGCACCUGGGGCUUCGUGCAAGGUGCCGAGGCGCUGCCCGUUCUGCUGGGCGUGCCCAUCACAGGCUACAUCAACCAGAGCCACCCCAAGGCCGGCUACUACUUCUCGUUCCUGUCGACGAUGCUGGGGGCGGCACUGCUGUUCUUCGUGGGCUGCCCCAAGCGACCGGAGCCGCCCUUGUUCCCCUCGCUGGCCCUGGACACGUGCUCAUGCCCCUCCGCGUCGCCGGCGCCACCGCUACGCCCGCAUCUGCCCAAGAGCAUCUCCUUCGCCACCACCCUGGACCUACCGGAGGUCCCUCCGCUGGGGUGCAUAUCCGAGGAGGCGCUCGUCGGGUACGAGUACCUGCCCGGGUUCCCUGGUCAGCGGCCACUCCGGCCCAGCAAGAGCGUGCCCGAGGGGCUGGGCUUGGCACGCAGGGAGUGGCACCGCCGGAGACCUCUACGCCACAUCACAGUCAUCGAGCAGAUGACCACCUCGGUCUGAGCUGCGUCGUCCUCGUACCAGCUGGUCUCACACACACGUUCCCUGGCCCAGCAAGAGCAUGCCAGAGGGGUUAGGUUUGGCACGCAGGGAGUGGCACCGCCGGAGACCUCUACGCCACAUCAGUCAUCGAGCAGAUGACCACCUCGGUCUGAGCUGCGUCGUCCUCGUACCAGCUGGCUUCAUACACACGCUCCCUGGCCCAGCAAGAGCAUGCCAGAGGGGUUGGGUCUAGUCCGCACGUGGCACCGCCGGAAACCCUUCCAUGUCAACCACCUUUAUCUGCCCAAAUGGUUAAUGGGUCAGCAGCUGACAAUGCAAAGAUGCAUAUGCUCGAUAGCCUGAGAUACCUACUGUACCGGAUCACCAUACAUGACCACUUUUCAAUGGCAUUUUCCUAACACUUUAAAUUCUCCUGGUCAGGGAUUACUUAAAGCCCAACAAAACUUACACCAGAGAACCUGCUGACCUCUCCCAAGUGGUUGUGCCACUACCUUACACCCACAUGCCUCAGUAUCAAGCAGAUGGUGAGACUAUGUCAACCUAUGCAGUGCUUUCUUCAGUCAGGCAUAACUCUCUCAUGCACCUAGCCUGACAGAACUCCCCAUGUUACGUGGGCCGGCAAAAUUUGGCCGCAUUUCAAUAUCAAAAACUAACUCUUCACUCUGCUAAUUUUCAAAUUGACACCAUCUUCAAAACAUAGUAGCGAGGUUCCUACAAAUGUGCCAUAAUACAAUCUUAUAAAAAUAGGUCUAAAAAAAACUUAAUUCAGCAUGCUAAUUCCUGCAUUGCCAACCAAUUUUUAAAUGUGCAACAUUUUAGCUCUCCGUAUACGGCAUCAAAUGGUGCCAACAAAAGUUCACAAUGUAAUAGGGAAACUUUAAGUAUUAAUUGUUGAAUUGUAAAAAUAUGGACAGCAUUAUAAUAAAAUUACUUGUCAAAAAUCAGGCCCACAGCCGGGGUAAAGUAUUUUUCCAACUCUUUUUAGAUUUAAUUGGAAAUAUAUAUAGUAUGUGGUUUAAAGUUUUGGAUUUAUUAACCAAAUGAUUCUUUAGUCAACAUAGCUGGUUCAGCAGCGAAUUUUUGUGGCAUAUGUGGAAAUGUGAGAUACACCUGAAAAAAUAAUUUUGCGUAUAUAUUAAUUAUCCUCUGCAUUAUUUUUAAUGUUCCAAGUUUCACUUUGUGCCAAUUCCAUAUUUCAGGUGCAUUUGCAUCUUGAGAACACAUGACUGCUCGUUAUCAGGGUUAGAUGUUACACAUCUCUGGCAAGUACUGAAAGAAUCGCUCACUUUUUUUGGCAGUACAUCACAGACCACCUGGUCACGGGCUACUCCAAGGCCCCAUGUGGCACAUUUUCAUUUUUCUUGUCUAACGUUCUGUGAAAAACUGUUUUUAAGUUCCAGAUUGGCUUAAAAACAUUGAUUUAGUGUUGCUUAAUUUUUUUCAUAUUUCUCACUUUUCUUUAGAGAUUAUUCCUACCCCCAAACCCACAACAAAAUUCCUCUCGCCGCAAAACUUGCUUUGCGACAACAAAAAUGCACACAUCAAUCUAUGCCAACAUUGAGUCUCAUUUUAAGUGUCAGUGUUGAUGUACAUCAUCUGAGAUGUUUAAUAUUCACUAUCACAUCAACUCUGUAAUCAAUUAUUCAAAUGUGUGCAACUGCAACUAAGAUGUAUUUUUCUAUAUGUAAUUUCAUUACUGAAUUAAUGAGAUGCCGGUCAUUACGACUGAAGUGACAUGAAAUAAUAACACAUGAUCACACUUGUCGUUUCACUUACACAAGUGUGUGUAAGAACACCAAAAAUAAUUUAUUGUACCUUACAAAAGGAGCAGUUCAGUAGUGGUGUGCAAGAAUCUGUCGAGAGAAGAGACCAAUACAAGUUCAGAUGCAAUAUUUUAGCGAGUGGUUGCUGAACGCAAGACAUCAGAUAAACUAUAUUCACAGUCCAGGACACACUCAUCAGAGAAUGGCAGAACCACCAGGCCUACAUCACUCAAUAGCACGCACCACUGCCACAGCAUAGCAUCAUCGUUAACUGUAAAGAAGUAAUUCCGCAAAUUUUUAAUAUCGCUACGGACCAACCAAUAAAAGACCACUAUAUUAUUGUUACUAUAUUGUAAAUUGCAAAAUAAUUUAUUGUUGAUGUUAAUAUAUGAAUUAGAAAAAUUUACAGUACUUACUUAUUUGAUUGUAAGUCAAAAUAAACAUCUAUAAUAUGUACACUAGAAUUUCAAUACUCCUGUUCAGAGUUACAAUAAAAUUCUUGCUCAAAUAAAAAAUUAAAAUUUUACCACCAAAA